GCUCCUUCCCCAGACUGAAGAGGCGUUGUUCCUCUUGGUUUUCGCUCACUCUGCGACUCCACCGUCACAAAUUUCCGCUUCCUGCACCGAUAAACACCCGGAGCCGAGCACACACAAGAGCCGACGCGAAGUUUAAGCGAGGACGGAGACGACAGGCUUUCGCUCGACCCCGCUUUUCGGGUACAAACUCCGCCAGAAACGUCGGGCAUGUUUUACGCUGUUUGCCGUUGAUUAGCGCCACACGGAACAACUUUCCGUUAGCGCUCGCGAGCGUUAACACGUCUGCUGCAGUUGGAGGUUAGAUCAUUUUAAGACCCUACAAAGGAGAGAAGGACCGACACUCUCAAGAAGGACGACUCAUACCCCACCGCUAUCGUUAUAUACGACUGAAAGACCCCCAAUUUUUCAGCCUCCAGGAUGUCGGAGCGAGGAGGGCUCCCGCGGACUGGGGGCGUCCCUUCGCCGCACAUGCAGCCCUCCAAGCCGGUCAGCAUCACCUCCAACCGGCCCGUCCAUAUGAACCUCUACGCCACCUGGGAGGUCGACCGAUCCUCGCCCAGCUGCGUGCCGAGGCUCUUCAACCUGACCCUGAAGAAGCUGAUCAUGCUGAAGGAGCUGGACAAAGAUCUCACUUCGGUGGUCAUCGCCGUCAAGCUGCAGGGCUCCAAACGGAUCUUGCGCUCCAAUGAGAUCCUGCUCUCCUCUGCAGGACUGACGGAGACCGACUUACAGCUCACCUUCUCCCUGCAGUACCCACAUUUCUUGAAGAGGGAUGCCAACAAGCUUCAGAUCAUGCUGCAGCGGCGGAAGAGAUACAAGAACCGGACCAUCCUGGGCUACAAGACCCUGGCUUUGGGGCUCAUCAACAUGGCCGAGGUGAUGCAGCACCCCAGCGAGGGGGCCCAGGUUUUGGGGCUCCACAGCCAGCUGAAGGAUGCUUCUGUCCCCGUCGCCGAGAUCAGAGUCUACUCCCUGUCCAGCCAGCCCAUCGACCAUGAGGGACCCAAAGCGAAGAUGUCUGAUCGCUCCCCAGACAUUGACAAUUAUUCUGAAGAAGAGGAAGAGAGCUACUCAUCCGAGCAGGAGGGCAGCGACGACCCUAUUCAUGGGCAGUAUCUGUAUGACGAAGACGACGAGGUGAGGAAGAAGAAGCCGCGGCGUAAGCUCCCUCCCAACGCCGGCAGCACCAGGCAACCCAACAUCAAGCAGAAAUUUGUCGCCUUGCUGAAGAGGUUUAAAGUCUCCGAUGAAGUUGGUUUCGGUUUGGAGCACGUGUCGAGGGAGCAGAUCCAGGAGGUGGAGGAGGAUCUGGACGAGCUCUACGACAGCCUGGAGAUGUACAACCCCAGCGACAGCGGGCCGGAGAUGGAGGAGACCGACAGCAUCCUCAGCACACCCAAACCCAAGCUGAGGCCGUUCUUUGAAGGAAUGUCUCAGUCCAGCUCGCAGACGGAGAUCGGCAGUCUAAACAGUAAAGGCAGUCUGGGUCGAGAUACGUUCAGUCCACAGGGGGAUCAGCCUCCCCUGGAGAAGAUGAAACCCUCCCGCAGUCGCAAUCUGGACGAGAUCCCAUCAGAGACGGACACACUGGAGCUGACAGACCAGGAGCUUUUUGCCGAAGUUGGUCCUUGCAUUACAGUGUCUGUGGCAGAGAAACCCCGUACCCCCCUGAAAAGCAGCAAAAAUGAAAUGCAGCCUAUAGCAUCUCCAAGACUGGAUGGAGGCCACACGCCCAGGCAGAAGCGCAGCAGCAACACGCCCAUGAAGGAGAGGCAGCUGUCCAAGCCUCUGAGCGAACGCACCAACAGCUCCGACUCGGAGCGAUCCCCGGAGCUGGGACACAGCACGGCGGCUCUGAGGAAAGUCGUGUACGAUCAGCUGAACCAGAUUUUAUCAGACUCUGCCCUUCCUGAGAGCCUCAUCUUAGUCAACGCCACAGAUUGGCAAGGGCAGUUUGUUGCAGAGCAGCUUCAAGGACAGAGACACCCGGUGGUCUGCACGUGUUCAGCCGCUGAGAUCCAGGCGGUACUUUCUGCUGUGCUCACACGCAUACAGAAGUUCUGUAACUGUAACUCCUCCAUGCCCAGGGCGGUGAAGGUGGUGGCCGUGGGCAGCCAGAGUUACCUGGGAGCCAUCCUGCAGUUCUUCGUCACUCAGCUGGCGAACAAAACCUCCGACUGGCUCAACCACAUGCGCUUCCUGGUGGUUCCUCUGGGAUCGCAUCCAGUCGCUAAACACCUCGGAUCCCUUGACAACCGCUACAGCUCCUCCUUCCUGGACGGAGCGUGGAGAGACGUGUUCAGCCGUUCUGAGCCGCCUCAGACGGAUCAGUUGGACAUUUCUGGAAGAAUCAGUCAGUACAUCAGCGGCGCCUCAGUCACUCACCAGCUGCCCAUCGCAGAAGCAAUGCUGACCUGCAAGCACAAAACGCGGGAAGAAGAAUCUUACCAGAAGUUCAUCCCCUUCAUCGGGGUCGUAAAGGUCGGCCUCAUCGAAUCUGCGAGCUCUCCGACAGGAGAUCCAGAGGAGGGUGUUGGAGUCAGCUUGGCCGUCCCGUCGACGUCUCCGCCGUCUCACGGCUCCCCCUCAGGACUGAUCAAAGAGGCAGCCACACCCCCCUCGUCCCCGUCCAUGGGCAGCGUCCUCACAGUACAAGGGAGCCCCAGCAUGCCUCACGGUGUGGACGCCAUCGGCCUGCAGGUGGACUACUGGCUGGCUUCGCUGGCGGACAAGCGGCGGGAGGGCGAGCGACGCGACACGGGCUGCAAGAACACGCUGAAGAGCGCCUUCCGCUCACUGCAGGUCUGCAGGCUACCAGGAGGGGGCAGCAGCGACCCACAGACCCUGGUUAACACCAUGGCCAUGACCGUGGUCACCAAGGAAAAGAACAAAAAAGUUCCCACCAUCUUCCUGGGAAAGAAGCCCAAGGAGAAGGACAUGGACUCCAAGAGCCAGAUGAUCGAGGGCAUCAGCCGCCUCAUCUGCUCCGCGAAGCAGCAGCAGACCAUCUUGAAAGUGUCCAUAGAUGGCGUCGAGUGGAACGACGUCAAGUUCUUCCAGCUGGCCGCGCAGUGGCCCACUCACGUCAAGUACCUACCGGUCGGACUUUUCGGCUACAGCAAGCCCCCGUCGUAGGACCGAGCUUCAACUCCUCCACCUCGCCGGACUUUCUUCUCCCCUCACCCCAUUUUUUUUUUUGCACAAAAGACCUGCAGAGAAGACGGGGAGCAAGCAGCCGGACCAUUUUUCUUUCUUCAAUUCCACCAAAAAGAAAAGAAAAAAAAAAAGUCACAUUCGUCUUAUUUCUCUAUGGAGGAGGAGGAGGAGGGUGCUGGAGUGCAACGCUGUUACAAGUCACUUUAAUGCUCUUUUUUUUAUGUGUGUGUGUGCGGAUUAGGUGCGCAUGCACACGUGAAUGUACAUAAUGUUUGUGUGUGUGUGUGUGUGUGUGUGUAUGCGUGAGUUUACAAGGAUAUCACAGCACAAGUUUAUUAGCUAGCCGCCAUUUAUGUUUCCGUUUUAAGGAAUGCAGCAGCAUGUAAAAAAAACAAAAAACAAAAACAACCCACUUUAAGCCCUAAACUCUCUCAUCACACCACCUGAUCGACACACAACCUGCGUGCCAGAAACGUUCACUUCCGCUUCAGUUUGCAUGGGCAGUCAAACCACGAAGGCUCCAUCGCUCAAAAGGCAUGAAAAAGUCAUUUCUACACAAAAAUUUAUCAACUAAUGUACUUCUUUUUUUUUUUCCAUUUCAAGGGCUUCCAUUUAGCAGUUUUUUUUCCUGCAAAACAAAAAACUAUUUAGAUGUUCAAAUGCCAAAAAAAAAAGAAAGAAAAAAAAACUACAUAGAUACAAGGGGGACGUGUCUUUUAUUUUAAAGUAGUGCUCUUGUGAAAACCAGUAAAACCUUCCCUCCUAUUAACACCGUAUCGUGACGCGUAGUGGUAAAUCUGACGUGCCGUUUUUCUUUAUCUUCAAUCGCUAUGCACUCCUGAACACACACGGACCAUUUGAAUGACUUCAGCUGGCGGUAAAGCAUAAUAACCUGACGAAAUAUGCAGCAGGUACAACUGCUAAGAACAAAAUGCAUGCUUCGACAGCAUCGACGGGAAUAUGUGGAGAAAAAAAAAAAAAAAAAGUGUGCUUUUAUUUAUUUUUUUACCGUAUCCGUUUCUAGAUAGAAGCACAAAUGUCAGCUUGAUUUAGUAUGCCACGUUUUUUUUGGCAACAGUAAAAAACAAAAUGGACCUGAAGAAAAUAUCAGUCUGUGCGCAUCCACCACUUCCCCUGAGACUUCCUAAUGACAACGUAUCGGGGGAAAUCAUUGAGUUAUUUCAGUGCAGGUCUGUUUUCUCCAGGACGUCGUGAGGUAAUUAGUGACUCGACUGUACAGUAAGAGGUAACAAAUGUGUACGUGACGAAUAAAACACGACAUGGUCAAAAACCUAAAGGUUUCAAAAGAUAAUAACAGUAAUCAAAAAGUGUGAUAAACAGUUUUCUAUAAUGUGCUGGGAGACGUGUAGUGUGUGUGUUUGUGAUGUGGUGAUUAUCGAUAUCACUGAUUAUCUGAUUAGGGCUGCAGAAGCUGCAGUGGUCAUCUUGUUCACGUUGUAGCUGCACACAAGGCAAAAUGCUGGGGUUGACCUUUUUUAAAAUGAAUAAAUAUAAAUCCAGCAAAUAUAAACUAUAGAAAUUCUCCAAAUAUGAUUAUCUAUUCAAAUGAUUGACUUGUGACAUGUUUCGGAAAAACACAUCGCCUUGUGUCGUCUACAGCGUGACACUCUCCAUCGCCACUGAAGUAUUACAGAAAAUAGUUUUUUAAAAUAGUGUUAACGCUGAUCUCUUUAUUUAAAAUAGUUUAUUUGACAAUAGAGAGGAUUAUAUUUUUUUCUCUGAGUUGAUGUUACAGUGUUACAGUUGUGAUGUCGGUAGCGUGCGUCUUUUUUGUUUGUUUGUUUGGCGCCACCUGAUGUAUGAAUCUUCUCAGUUCACAGAUCACACUCUGUCUCCUCCUGAUCGAUUUUUAAUAAGUUAUUCUUCAUAUCUGAAUGUAUCUUCUUUGGUUGCUCUUCACUGAGUUUUAGAAAUGAAAUAUCCCACAGACUAUGAUUUUGGCAAGCCAGUCUUCCUGAACUUGAUUUUUUUUAUUUAUUUUAUUUUAUUUUUUUAUUUUUUUCAUUUUGAUUGAGAGUUGCACGUUAGCGGCUCGGUUUUAGUCGUCCAUCAGAUAUUGUUGUACUGUUGAUUUGACCUAGAUGUUGCUCAAACUGAACCUGAGCUCAAAGUUUUAUUCUGAACUUGAAGCUGCAGAAACACUAGGCUCUGAUGUGUUGUUUCAAAGGAAAACUACAUUAAAUUUAAAAAAAAUUAUAAUAAUAACCAAGAUCUAAAGUUUGCAGCAAAUUAAUGGAAACAAGUUUUGGAUCCUCAAGCUCUGAACUCAAGCAAUGUGUGUGUUUUGUUUAAUAUUAUCUUUUUAAAUCAUUUAAGAAAAAGUUUACGGCUGUACACAGUACCAAACUAACACUUUAUUAAACUCUAUGCUGUGUACAGGCUUUAAAACUGGGUAACUUUAAAGUACAGCAAAAUAACACACCAUAUGAUGUCCUUUAGUGUCAUAAACUGCAAUAUUCAGUUUUCUUGACGCCAACAGAUGUUUUGCCCCAAAGACGAUUCUGCAGAUUUUGUAGGCGGGUUUGCUGAAGGGCUAGGCUAAGGUUAGCAUCUGUAAUCUGCUUUGACUUGGCUGGUCACAUCUUUCAGUGUGAAUCCAGUUAAUUGUCUACACAUAAAACGAUACUGAAAAGCUGUUACCCUUCUGCUUUAGAAACCGAGCGCUCUGCCUUGAUCGUCACACAUUUUAAUGAAUGGUGUUUCAGCUGCUCUCUACUGAGUUUUCCCUGAAGCCACAUCCUUGUAGAUGCAACGAGCAGACCGAAAAGAAGCUGCAGCAGCCAGUGCAGUCUCUUCUUCUUCACUGUGAGCAUCGUUGUAAAAGAUUCAAAGCACCUGAAUGUUCAUGGUCACAAUUUUUAAAAAGUGGCUGAACAAAUUGUAGUCGACGGACGGCACACAAACAACCAGCGUAGGGGGUUGAACUUAGUGCGGAGCAUUGAUCAAAACCACAUCAGGACAUCUUCAUUCUCUACUAUAUAGAUUUUAAAGCUCUACUCAUCAAAAAGCUGAUAUACCCACAAUAGUUUUGGCUGUAACGUGUCCUAGAAAGUAAUUUAAUUCUUCUUAUACGAGCUAAAACUAGCUAAACCAAAUUAGCCAAAUUAACUGGUAGGCUUGAAGUAGCAUUCAAUUGCAUAACCCAUCUUCCUUAGUACCUUUAUUUACUUUGUCACUCUGUUAGUUUUUAAAUUAUGCAGAUAUCUUUUAUGUUCACAAAGCAACAGCAAGACAAUUGUUAAAAACUAAUAUUCAGCUUGCUUCUCACUGCCCCAAACUGGUCAGUCAAUUCUUGGUAACAUGAGAGAAUUAUUCACCAAAACAGGGAAGCCUAAAACUUGAACACCAUUAUGCCUUCUAACAACUUUCUCCAAUUCUGUUCCUACUUCUUACAAGUCUAGAUUAAGCUGUUAAAGAUUUAGUAAAUCUGAGACAUUGGGACAAAAUGUGUGCAUUUGGAAUGAAAUUGUCAGUGUUUUUGCAUCACCGUUGGAGAUUUAUGACCUAAAGCCCAGUUGAGAGCAACAAUUUGUACUCUUGUCAAAAAUGUUUUGUGUUGAGGUCAUUGCAACAAUUUAGUUUUCUUAUUUAUUGAUCAGUCCUCUGUUUGCACCCCCAGAGGGAGGCCAGAGGUCGAUGUAAAUUGGAAAUAUCUCACUGAAUACUGCUCAAAAAUGAACGUUUUAAUUAUAAUAGUAAUAUUUUCAGGGUUGUUUUUUUUUGUUUGUUUGUUAUAUUUUCUUGGAUUUGGUCCAAAACAGUGUUUACCAUCAUUUCAGCGAACGGCAAAUUGCCUCAUCACCUAAUGUUUCCUACAGUCUCCUUGGAGAUGCUGGUUGUUCUGUGUGUAAGUCGUCAACUUGUUGCUGCGAGUGAUUCCUUUACCUGUACCUCUGUGUUUGUGUCAACCAGUGAUUGUCGCCGUGGUUCCUCCGUCUGUGGUUGGAGAUUACGAGCCGUUCCGUGUGUCUGUAAUCUCUCUUUCUCUCUCUCUCUCUGUGUGAUCAGCAGAUAUGUCUUUUUCACCAGGCCUCCACAGGCUCACCUCCCUGGGAAAAACACACUGUCCCCCGUUCCUUCGCAACUUGUAAAUCGCCCAUCUGUCCUCAGAGGAACGGGGGAGGAGGUUCGCUUGUUCAAAGCAGUCGAUUUCUGCCUGAAGAGGUUUUGCUGAGAGCAGAGCCUCCUGAGCUUGUGGACUUGUGAAGAAUAUUUUGCACAUACCAUUUUUCUUCAGCAGCGAUUUUUUUUUUUUUUUUUUUUUUGCCUUCUGCCUAUAACAGCAGUUAUGAUAAACCAACUAUUAUGCUUGUAGAUACAAGAUAGUACUUGAUAUAUAUUUUUGUUUAGUUAUGUUUUUGUUCAUUCUACAUGUUUUGUAGUACUGCUUUUUUUUCCAUGAUUGCGUCUGUCGGUAGAACAGAUGUGGGGUCAACAGUGAAAGUGCUCAUUAUGUUUGUUUUGUUUUUUUAAAUAAAGAUAUUCCUCGUUUGUA